GCUCUUUUCUUCACCCACCGUUUUCUGUCUCUGGGCUGUUCAUAGAUUCUUCAUGUCGGUCCAUCAGACGUUCAUCGAGCCGGAUCCCAGCUUGCUGGUAGAAUCGCCGGGCGCCCCGACUAUCCUGUCCGACUCUGAGGCUGAUUCUCAACCCGAAGACGGCUAUGAAUUUAGCCCAUCACCACCACCUGCUAAAAAAGUCAGCAGCCUCUGGAGCAAGGAAGGCGUUGCAUCAAUGGAUCAAGAAUCCGCUGAUGAUGAGGAGCACAGUAACACACCAAGUUGGGCAGUGGAACUGAGGUCUGGGCUUGAAACUCCAAGCUCACAGCUAACUAUGGCUAGCUCAGAAGAGUCCUCUGUAACAACACCCUUGACAACUCCCUCCACGAGACUGGGAAAGAGAAAACGGUUGCUCCCCAAGCUAGCUCCUGAUGCUUCUCCGUCUACGAGUUCCACUUGCAGCAACAACAGUGAUAUUUUGCAGCAAAUAUUGCUGGAAGUGAAGUGUUCUAAUAAAGCACUCAAGGAUAAAGUAACGCAACUUGAGAAGACAGUGAACGCCCUUGAGAAGACUGCACAAAGCAAGAAAAAGAUGAAGGUGGCUCCCUCUCGUGAGGAAAGGGAUGCUGUGAGGAAGGUCUACAAGAGUUUGAGUGACAGUGGUGAUGAUGACUUUGGCUGGAAUAUGGAGUUGUUGCGAAAAAGUUGGUGCAAAACUGUCUCUCUGUAUUGCCUAACAGUACAGCUGCUGCAUUAAAAGAAGCUGUGCGGGCUUACUACAACAGUGCUGCAGGCACUGAGAAGCUCAAAAUAUCAGGGAAGUAUGAGGCAAAGUGUGUUCAGCAGCGUCGGAGAAACCGAUUGAAGCGGAAAUUGACUGCUCGACAGGUUGCGCUGGAGAAAUCAACCUCUACAUCUGCCAAAGACAAACAAAGGUGGAGGGAAUGUCUUGUGGAGGAGUUAAUUAGCAGUGAAGACAGUGAGGAAGAUGGUUCUUUUCUGAUUCGUACUCUACCGUGGAGGUCGGAAAAAGUCGACAAGUUCUUUUAUUCUUUGGAUCAGAAGCUCAAUAAGAAAAGGUCCAAGAAGAGCAAGAUGAUGACCUUUGGAAGGAAGGCAGGUCCAGAGUCUCACCGUGCAAAGCCUCCUACUGGGUCAGUGCCUACAUGGGCUGUCCGUUCGUAAAAAAAUUAUCAUAUCCAUCAUUUUGGCAACUUGUGUAUCACUUUUGAAACAUAUUUAACUCUCAAAGAAAUUCUAUAUUAUUAUUCAAUUUCAUGUCAUUGAAAACACCAUGAUUUAUGAAGAUGAUUUUCUUUAUUUCUUUUUGAUGAAA